AUGGAGGCACCCACUUUUGCAACCGAGCCUUUGCAGUUGUUAGAGAAAUAUGGAAUUCGCCAUAAGAUUGCCACUCUGUAUCACCCACAAACAAGUGGGCAAGUGGAGGUGUCAAACAGUGAAAUCAAGAGUGUUUUGACCAAGGCUGUAAAUGCUACUCAGACUGAUUGGGUGAGAAAAUUGAUGAUGCACUAUGAGCUUACCACACUGCAUACAAAACUCUUAUUGGCUGCUGGUACGAGUAGAGUCAUAGAGCUACCUGAACUUGAUGAGUUUCGCUAUCAUGCUUUUGAGAGCACCCGGUUGUACAAAGAAAGGAUGAAGAUGAUCCAUGACAAAAAUAUUGUGGAGAGGAAUUUUAAGCCUGGAGACAUGAUAGAAAAACUCCAAUUUGACCUUAAUUCACCACGAAAUAUCCUUCCAAUGCUGCCAUAA